AUGUCUGCCCCAGCCGAACAGGCCGCCGCUGCGGCUGCAACUGUUCUUACACCACACCGGAAGAACAGCGGAUCCAAUCAUCCAGUUCGUCGUGCCUCUCAGGAUGAUCAUCAUGACUUCCAGUCCCGCGCUCCCGAUGGUGCUGGUUACAGGCGACGUACCAGUAUCAUGGAAGAUAAGGAACGAUGGGUCGGAACCGCCUUGACUCCAAUGUAUGUUGGUAUCGCUGCUCUAGUUCUCGAUAACCUUCUCGAGAUUGGUCUCUCCAUCCAUGACGGAACCUAUACCACCGAUUUCUCGGUUGAGACAUACGAUGUUUCCCCUGAGACUAGCCCAGAGGAUAUUUCCAAUAUGGUUCUCAAGUACGUUGUCCAGCAGCUCACCACUUUCGCCCGUGAGCAUACCGUCAAGUUCGUUGGUGCUGGUAUUACCGAGGGUGCUGAAUACCACUGCCCAACCAUCUCCAACAUCAUCUGGAAAGAAUUGGAUAUCGUUCCAAUUGUUUUCCACGUCCAUAUCACCCUCGAUCCAGAUCACGCUUCUGCCAACUCCACAUACUCCCCACCAAAGGAUGGUAUUGAAGUCCGAAGCGUUGACGAACAGGCUGAUUCCGCCGUUCGUAAGGCCUUGAUGUACUUCGGUCCCAACCACAACCCACGCCUUACUAUCGGUUUCCGUAAUCAGGUCGAGGUUGACGGAGAUGGCAAGAUCCACCUUGUUAAUCUCAAGCAGCUCGAGGAAACUGUCGCCGAUACCACCUGGCGAUGCGUUCUCAAGUAUGCCAAUGAAAUCAAGGCCAAGAAGCUGAAGAUCGCCUUCUUCAACUCCACCCCACAGGGUGGUGGUGUCGCUCUCAUGAGACACGCCAUGAUGAGAUUUUAUAAGCUCCUUGGUAUUGACGUUAGAUGGUAUGUUCCAAAGCCAAACCCGGCUGUUUUCAGAAUUACCAAGAACAACCACAAUAUCCUUCAAGGUGUCAACGACCCAUCGGUUGGUUUCAGCAAAGACCACCAGGCCCAAAUGGACCAAUGGAUCACCUACAACGCUGAGCGUUACUGGCUCAAGGAAGGUGGCCCACUCAGCAAGGGCGGUGCCGAUGUCAUUAUCAUCGAUGACCCACAGAUGCCAGGUCUCAUCCCGCUCAUCAAGAAAGUCCGCCCAGAUGUUCCAGUCAUCUACCGCUCCCACAUUGAAAUCCGUGGUGAUCUCGUCUUGAAGCCGAAUACUGCCCAGAAUGAUGUCUGGAACUACCUUUGGGAUCGCAUUCAACAGGCCGAUGUUUUCUUGUCGCAUCCUGUCAACAAGUUCGUUCCAGGAAACGUCCCCGCUGAGAGAGUUGGUUUGAUGGGCGCUGCCACCGAUUUCCUUGAUGGUUUGAGCAAGCCUCUCCGUGACUGGGAUCUCCGAUACUACUUCCACAACUUCCGAACUCUCUGCAGUGAGAACAGGAUGUACAAGUUGCAGUACCCAGCCCGUAACUAUAUCGUUCAGGUUGCCCGUUUCGACCCGUCGAAGGGUAUCCCCACCGUGAUUGAGUCCUACGUGAAGCUCCGCAAGAAGUUGGAUAACAUCCUUCCUAUUAGCAAGAUCCCACAGUUGUUGAUUUGUGGUCACGGUGCUAUUGAUGACCCAGAUGCUUCGAUCAUCUAUGAUCAGAUUCUGAACAUCCUUGAACAACCAGAGAAUCAACCCUAUGUUACUGAUAUCAUCGUUAUGCGUAUCCCACCAUCUGAUCAGCUCCUCAACGCCCUUCUCUCCUGUGCCAAGGUCGCCCUCCAGCUCUCCACUCGUGAGGGUUUCGAGGUCAAGGUUUCGGAAGCUCUUCACAAGGGUAUCCCAAUCAUCGCCAGCCGUGCAGGUGGUAUCCCACUCCAAGUCCAACACGAGAAGUCCGGCUACCUCGUUGAGCCAGGUGACUCCGAUGCCGUCGCUCGCCAUCUCUUCGACCUCUGGCGCGACAAGGAUUUGUACGAACGCAUGUCCAACUUCGCCAAGAACAACGUCUCUGAUGAGGUUGGUACCGUCGGUAACAGCUUGGCUUUCAUGUACAUGGCUGCGAAGAUGGGUAAAGGUGGUGAGAUUAUCAAGCCAAACGGCAGAUGGAUCAAUGAUAUGUUGAGAGAGGAUGCUGGAGAGCCAUACAGAGAUGAUGAGCCUAGACUGCCAAGAGGUGGACUUUCGGUUAUCGUUUGA